AUGGCUAACCCAAGAGUUUUCUUCGACAUGACUGUCGACGGUGCACCCGCUGGUCGUAUCGUGAUGGAGCUUUUCAAUGACACGACACCGAAAACGGCCGAGAAUUUCCGAGCUCUGUGCACCGGCGAGAAAGGCGUCGGAAAGAUGGGCAAGCCGCUCCAUUUCAAGGGAUCGAGCUUCCACCGUGUGAUCCCUAAGUUCAUGUGUCAGGGAGGGGAUUUCACCGCCGGGAACGGAACCGGUGGCGAAUCGAUCUACGGUGCUAAGUUCAAGGACGAGAACUUCGUCAAGAAGCACACCGGAGCCGGGAUCCUCUCCAUGGCUAACUCUGGCCCUAACACCAACGGAUCUCAGUUCUUCAUCUGCACGGCGGAGACCUCGUGGCUAGAUGGGAAGCACGUUGUGUUUGGGCAAGUGGUUGAUGGUCUGGACGUGGUGAAGGCGAUCGAGAAAGUUGGGUCGUCCUCCGGGAGGACCUCGAAGCCUGUGGUCGUCGCUGAUUGUGGUCAGCUUUCUUAG